UCUGCAAUACGUUGAUGUACCGAUGGAAUUUCUCAGUAGAGAUAAUAGUCUGAUUCAAGGGGAUGAUCUUUUAUUCGCGCACUAUUCCCUUGGAGCUACCAACGUUACCUAUCAACAGCACAAAACCGGACGUGAAGAACGUGCCUCAGUUCUAGGGAAAUAUGAAGGAUUUCGUGGCUGUACCAUUUGGGAACCUGGUUAGCC